AUUCAGUGAAGGAGAAAUGUCUGAUCAUGAGACCAGUGCCGUGCUGAGAGUUUCCCGCCUUCCUCUGGUCCGCUCGGCGUUACAGUCGGUGACAUUGGCGUACUCCGAGGUCAAAGGUCGGCACCCUCUGCUGGGUCUGAUGGGAGGAGUGGCUGAGGUCGGCGUCCGCAGCGUCUCCCAUGUCGCCAUGACAAGAGCCACGCCCCUCCUCCAGAGUCUGGAGCCGCAGAUUGAAGUAGCCAACAGUUUUGCUCUCGUUGGUCUCGACCGUCUGGAGAAAAACUUUCCCAUCCUGAACCAAUCGACAGACGAGGUGGUGGGUCACCUGAAGGACGCCUUCUUCCUGACCCUGGACGACGUGCAGCUGUGGGUGGUGGACGGUUUGGACGGGGCUCUGGAUCAGCUGGAGCGCCUGUCCGACGCCGCCCGGGCGGCCGUUCAGCUGCUGCAGGACACUCAGGUGGGCCGGGUCGCCACGUCGGGACUGGACGACGUGCUGAGUCGCCUGGAGGACGCCACCGCCUACUACCUGCCCCUCCCACCCACGCUGCGUCGGGAGUGGGAGACGAGGGUCCAGGAGUACGAGGAUGAAGAUGAAGACGAUGAGCCCAGUCUGUGGACGAGGGUCCGCAGCCUCCUGCUGAACCUCAGCCUGCAGCUCUACCAUCGCAUGAUGAAGGUCAGAGAGCAGCUGCAGACCGCCGUCAGGACACUGGGAGACACUGCUGACAAGGUGGGUCUGGGUCAGGUCCUGGAGCUGGUCGGUGAGCUGCUGCAGUACCUGCAGAGCGUCCUGGUGGCGCUGUUGUACCGGGCAGAGAGUCUCAGAGAGCUGACCCUGAACGGGAUCAGAGGUCAGGCUGUCAUGUUAGCUGAGCUGCGUCCUGUUCGUCAGAUCACAGAGCUGCCGGUUCAGAUCCAGCAGCUGCUCCGAGACCUACAGGAACUGUCCAAGAUCCUCCUGCAGCUGAUGAUCAACGCCACACCACUCUACACCUUGCUGCAGCAGCCGUCUGACCAGCAGGUCGAGGACUUCAUGAACCAGGAGGACUUUAUAUCCGACAGUUCGUCUCGUCGCAGCUCAGCUAACAGCCUCUUCCUGAAGGCGAUGGAUGGCCGUCCUCGUCGCCGCCGGAGUCUCUACUCUCGGGCCGGUCGAGGCUCUGGGGACCCCCAGAGUCCCGACCCCCCCAACGGCCGCCGCUCCAGCGUGAAGGAAACCCCGGCCCUGGAGGUGGAGGGCCAGCCGAUCCCUUCCGAUGGUGUCGUCGUCCACCGCCGCCCGUCUGCCACCGAGCUGCUCCUCGCUCCGCUCAAACAGUUCGUCUCUCAGAGCCAGAAGGCCUUCGAGUACCUGAGCCCCAACAACGCCGACAACGCCGACAAUGCCGACAACGACACGGCGAUGACCGACUGUUAGACACCACGCUGAGGUCCCACCCCGCCCCCAUCCACGACCAAUCACUGCUGCCAGCCCCGCCCUCCGACCAAUCACAGCCUCCCAUCUCAGCCCCCGAUGACGAGACGUCUCUGCCUCAGCUGGCGUUAGUUUGUGUGUUCUCGUUCACCAACCGAGCGAUCAGAAAAUUAGUUUAAAUGUCUGAGAGUCGAUUCUCAAAUUAGUGACGAGAUGCACUUCCUUCCUUUUUCCAGAGCUUUCAGACGCAGCUUGUGGCCUUCAUCCAAAAUGUAUUUGCUGUUUUCUUAAAUGUUAUUUUGCCUCUCAAGGCCACUGUACUCAGCUGUCGAUGCAGAAAGAAGAGUGUUGUUGUUGUUGGAUGUGAUGAAUGUCGAUGACAGAGAAUCGAUUAUCUGUAACUGAUUGAGUGGAACAUGUUUUGGAGUGGAGGCUGAAGUUGAAUGACCGCCGAGAAUUAACAGGAAGUGAUUUUAACUUUCAGAAAUAAAAGCUUCAAACUUUAAACAAAUAUUAUUUUAAUAUUAUUAAUAAUUAUUAUUGUUAUUAUUAGGGAUGAGCGAGUACGUUAUUAUCUGUAUCUGUUUCUGUUUAACCAACUAAAUGAUCUGCAUUUGAAUGGGCGGGGCUUAAACCUGAUCUGGUUGAUCAGAAGUUGCUUUAUUUAUCAGAAUUGAUCUUCAGAGCGAUGUUAUUGAUCACAAGAGAAACAAUAAAAGUUUAAAAGUAUUAACACAUUUUACUUAUUGCAUAAAAACACUAUCUGUACCAAAUAUUCACUCAACCUUAAUUAUCAUCCUCAUCAUCAUCAUCAUCAUCAUCAUCAUCAUCUUUUCCAACAUGUGACUGACAGACGUGGUUAAA